AUGAACGACGGUAAAACCCCGGGCUAUGUCUUUAAGAUGUUCCUGAUCGACGCCAAAGUGGAUGACCUAUUAACGAACCCGCAGUUUAUCGCGUGGACCAAGUACGCGAAUGAAUUUUAUGAGAAGAAUCAUGCAAAGAUAGCCUCGAUGGUCCCUGCAAUAGCAGCUCUCUAUGGCGAUGAUGCUGUUUUUGGUAUGCUUGACGCGGUGAAGAAGGUCCAAUCAACAGAGAAAAUCGCCUCCAAAUUGCAAGCUGAACAGAUUCAGCGGCUGCUGAGCAGCAAUCAAUCUCCCUCGCAUGUCUUCAAGGUGUUCAAUUUUGACAAUACAGGAUAUGAAGUUCUCAGCUCUCCGCUGUUCAAAACUUGGUUCAACUACCUCAAGAACUUCAACAACAAGAACCCCGACAAGAAAGAGAGCUUGCUGAAUUUAUUAUAUAGAUAUUACCAAGGUCAUGGUGUGGCCAGAAUCCUCGAGGAAGCGAUGAAGAACCCGAGUACUGUAAAACUGGCAAUGCAGUUGCAGGACGAACAGUACAGACGUAAUUUGCUCAGCAAAAACUCUCCCGAGAACACUUUCUAUGCGUUUAUAUUGGCAAAACCGGGAGCUACUGACGGUCUUCACUUUAAAACACUUCGCGAUGGCACUAUAUAUCUGCCGCGUCUUAGCAAGGCGUCGGAUGGUCUUCUGUCAAGUUCAGAUUUCAAGCUUUGGGCUAAGUAUCUAGAGGACUUCAACGCAAUGUACCCCGACAGACAAACGAGCAUGUCGUUCUUUGAUAAAACUAAUUUAAAAUGGAGCGCUUCAACAAUCGCAUUUAGCGGACCGACUUGUGGCCUUAGUUUGCACACUUCCAUCCGUCAUCAUGAUCCCAACCGCGCUAGUACAGUGAACGACGGCGCUGGAGGGAAGAAGGAGAUGGAGCUGGAACAUGAGAUGAGAGAAACGCAGUGGCGUGCGUCUGAUGAGAAGACCAAGACUGCGCUGGAGAACAAGAUUCCCGUUGUGAUCGAAGACGCUGCUACUAUCCUGGAUCGCCGCAGUUUCACGAGGUCUUUAAAAUUAAACUUUGAAGUGGUGUGGUAA